UUUUGAGUUGUUAUGAUCAAUUCUCUAUAGUAACAAAGACAUAUCAGUCUUCUAAAAAUACCCAAUCAUUUAUCCAUUCAGCAGAAAACAAAGAAAAGAUCAGUGCAGUACUCAUAACCCUCUUCCAUUUCGGAGCACAUAGGAUGCGGGGCCCUUUUCCUGCCAUGUUGACCAAGAAUAUUUACCACCUCUCCCUGUUUAGUCCACGAGACACCACCCAAUUUCCAGAAUUUGAAGAUUCUACCUUGAAAAUUCUCAACUAGGAAAUGACUCUCUUCUCUAAGUUAACAACUAAUUUCCAGUCAGUGAGUAAUUUUUUUUCCUGAAACUUCCACUCAGUGGAAAACAAAUUAAGAGGGAAAAACUUAAGUAAACAAAUCUGCAAAAGAGGCCACGACAUACAGAGGUGGAGACACCUCUAAACUCACCAGUCAAAGAAAGCAGGAGCUUCAGGUUUAUCUCAAACAAAACCGUAAUUUUGACCAGCCCCUGAUUGAGCCUCACCCCAUGAAUGACUUCCAGGACCUCUGGCUUUUUGGGACUAAAGGAGAAAAUUAUUUUUAGCACAACUAUUUGGAAACCUCUGAGAACUUGGAUCUCUUUUUCUGUCUGGUACCAAAGCAAGUUUUUCGCUGAAGCUCUCAUGAAAGAUCCUCAGUCUCUUGUGGAUUUAGAAUCCUGGAGCAAGCCACCAACCCAGAGAAAGAGCCAAAGAUGUUUAUCUUGCUCUAUGUUACAAGUUUUGCCAUUUGUGCCAGUGGACAGCCUCGGGGUAAUCAGUUCAAAGGAGAGAGCUACUCCCCAAGAUAUAUCUGUAGCAUCCCUGGCUUACCUGGACCUCCGGGACCCCCUGGAGCGAAUGGUUCCCCGGGGCCCCAUGGUCGGAUCGGCCUUCCAGGACGAGAUGGUAGAGACGGCAGGAAAGGAGAGAAAGGUGAAAAGGGGGCUGCAGGUUUGAGAGGUAAGACUGGACCACUGGGCCUUGCUGGAGAGAAGGGGGACCAAGGAGAGACUGGGAAGAAAGGACCCAUUGGACCAGAGGGAGAAAAAGGAGAAGUAGGUCCAGCUGGGCCUCCUGGAGCAAAGGGGGACAGAGGAGAGCAAGGGGAUCCAGGGUUGCCUGGAGUUUGCAGAUGUGGAAGCAUCGUGCUCAAAUCCGCCUUUUCUGUUGGCAUCACAACCAGCUACCCAGAAGAAAGGCUACCGAUUAUAUUUAACAAGGUCCUCUUCAAUGAGGGAGAGCACUACAAUCCUGCAACAGGCAAGUUCAUCUGUGCCUUCCCAGGGAUCUAUUACUUUUCUUAUGAUAUCACAUUGGCAAAUAAGCAUCUGGCAAUCGGGCUGGUGCACAACGGGCAGUACCGGAUAAAGACCUUUGACGCCAACACUGGGAACCAUGAUGUGGCUUCGGGGUCCACGGUCAUCUAUCUGCAGCCAGAAGAUGAAGUCUGGCUGGAGAUCUUCUUCACCGACCAGAACGGCCUCUUCUCAGACCCGGGUUGGGCAGACAGCUUGUUCUCCGGAUUUCUCCUGUAUGUUGACACAGAUUAUCUAGAUUCCAUAUCAGAAGACGACGAGCUGUGAUCAGGACUGCCGUCCUGAAUGUUCCAAGAUUUUUGUGGCAGACACUUUGACUUAAUCUGGGGCCUUGGAAGGUGGAGGAAGCAGCAAUGAGAUCCAAAGAGACUCCCACUCAGAUUCCAAAGCAUUUACAGAAAAUUCUAGCAGAAUCUAUUAAAACAAGAUGAACCACCAAAUGGUUGAAACCACACACCAAGAUGAAUUAUAUGAAACAAUAACCCCAGAUAAGAAUCCUCCUGAAAGCAAUGUUCAUAAAUAUUUAAGCAAAUUAAAGACAAUGUUAACAAAUUUUCUGUUAAACUCCCUGAGUGAUAAAAUCAGCUGGCAAUGAUAUUGUCUCAUUAAAUCUUCAUAAAAUUACACUUUUGCUUGUUAUUUAAGAGAAUCAUCACACCCCAGAGUCUUUAACAGUUCUCAAAAGUCAAAAACUAAAGGUAAGAGAUACUAAGUGAUUGAUUGCAAGUAAGCGAAAGUGAUAACUUUCCUUUUUUUGUUGUUAUGCGUUCCUUCGUGCUCGUAUCUGUAUUCACUCAACAGCUCUUAAAUACGCCUGUGUGAGCCAGACACUGAGGUGCCAGGUCAGAUCUGAUCAUGAGUUUGGACAAAAGCUGUGCCUUCAUACGGCUGGUGUGUGAGGAACAUGCUGUCACAAUUCAGGGAGAUGAGCACCUGACCAACAGACUGACUCCAAGCUGGACAUACAUGGGAGCCGCUCUUCCUGGGAACGGGGGCCAGAGAAGGUUUCACACGUGGAAAAACACUAACCAUGCUAAGUUGUGUGUGUUUAAGGAAGUGGGAGGGAUACAAAGGAAACAAGGAAUUCUGCAGCUGCAUUUACCCCAUCCCAUCCUCGAAACACCACUGGUAUUCGCAAUCAGAAAAGGGUGGAAAACCCAGAGAUAAAGGGGACCUGGGAAGGGUAAUGGAAAUGAAGAGAAACAAGUUACUGAGAUCAGCCAAGAGGUCAUUCUCCUAAAUUUGUUUAGCUUGAUGGUUUCCAAGACAAUUAUUAUUCCUCUUAGCUUGCACACGAAUGAGGACACUACCUUACAUUGGUGGGAAGCAUUAUUUCUCAUGGAUUUCCGAGGUAUUGAAUCCAAAUAAAAGUGAAGCGUAUGUGCACUGAUUUAUAGUGAAAUGGUGGCAGUGAACAGGAGGAAGAGGGAAAGAGACCAGACGUCUGAGAAGAUAACUGUCGCUUCCAAGCCUCAUGGCCCCUGCAGUCCCGCUGUCCCUGGGGGACAUGAUUCCACAUGAUUUUUCAUGAUUUGUACUGACAGUGAUAGGAUUCCCUUACUCUCUUUUUGGUGGCUUCUUUUUUUAAUGUUUAUUUAUUUAUUUUUGAGAGAGAGCAAGGGGGGAGGGGCAGAGAGAGAGGGAGAGAGAGAAUCCCAAGCAGACUCUGUGCUAUCAGCACAGAGUCUGACGAGGGAUUCAAACCCACAAACCAUGAGAUCUUGACCUGAGCCAAAAUCAAGAGCCAAUGCUUAACUGACUGAGUCACCCAGGCUUUUUGGUGGCUUCUAAUUUUUCUUCCAUGCUUUCUCUCUUUGCUCACUCACUUAGUAAACGUUUGUAAUGCCUCCUAUGUGUGAGUCACUGAACUGGGUUCUGUGAAGGUAGAGGAAUACCAAGGUAAAUAUGUCACAGCCCCCUGCCACUACAUGUCUAAGGAUACAAGAAAGGAAAUGACAUGUGUACACAUACACAAAAUACCAAGAAUUCUAGAAACGAACAGGCUAAAAUAUGCUAAGUUCUAAACUGGACAUAGAGACCAAUGGUCUGAAAGAAAAACUGAGGGGGGCAGGUGUAAAAUUGAGCGGUGAGAGAGGAGGCUUGGGGAAAAUCUCCUCCACCCUCUGGUCCUUCAGUGGUAGGUGGGACUUGGAAUAGCCAAAGUGGGGACAGCGGUGACAAUGGGGACAAAGCACGAAAGUGAGAACAGAGACCCAGAAGAGCCUCAAAUGCCAGUGUGACGAUUGGGGACUUCAUUUAUGAGGAACCCUGGAGCCCCUGUGUGCCCCAGAGCCGGGCGCUGCCCUUAUCAGCAAGGACAUUUGCCGUGAUCAAGCAGCUGUGCACAAGGAAAUGCUCGCUUCUGUCAUCUCCAGACCUAUCUCCCAUCAUCCUCUUCCGCCUGCCUUGCUCUGCCCACUUGUUGGUCUCCGAGUCAGGACACAGGUCUGGAAGGCUAAGGGCAAUGAAAGUAUACAAAGAAGAGAAAGCAAAGGUCGUUUGAGAUAGUCACCUGCCUCUAGAUAACAGCUUAACCUGGAAGGCCAGGCUACAGAGGGUAAACACAGCCAAGAGCAGAAGCUGAUCUGGGGAUCAUGAAACUACGGGCCCUUUGAAGACAGUGGGAUGUGCUGGAAAAACUGGCGAUGGAGGAGUUAUUGCAGACAGUCGUGAGCUACAAGGUUGUUGUGUAAUUGAGAACUUUUUCUGAUCGUGAUCCAUUAAUGCAUUCAUUUUUUUUCUGGACGUUGUUUACUUAUCUUUUAAAUGUUUCUUUCAUUACAAAGCCUAUUUUGAGUAGCUUUCUUAAACGCAUGUUUCUUCAGCUGGUUCUAGGCCCAGAGAUGAACUUUAUUUUGAAAUAUCUGGUGGGAUGGUGAUGGGGAUCAGAGAGCUUAAGUAGGAAGCCAAAGGGUAUUUUGGUUUUAAAAGGAAAAACUCCUUAAGCAAACAUGGCUGUCUUCUAUUCCGUUAAAAAAAAAAAAAAAAAACGACAGAUACAACAUAUCCACAUUUGUGGGUAUUUGUCUAAAGAAAAUAGAAGACAGAUUUUGGUUUAAAAACUUCUGAUUUUUUAGAUUCCAAUCAUUCUUCGUAAGGGCUGACUUGUGAUGAAUUUGUGUUAAGAGAGAUUUAUUGACUAUAUAACAUCUUGUUUCAGAAGGAUUUAGAGUCACUUGCAAAGAUGGAUACAACACAGAAAGAAUGCAUUAGUCAGAAUCAGGUGAGAGGAAAGGAGCAAAACAAACAAACAAACAAACAAAAAAAACGAAAACAGCAACAACAAGUGAGACCUACACAAACGUGCGUAGUGAGCUUGAGUGUGCCUGUGUAACACGCUUUCGGGACACGUGUGUUUCUUUGUACCUGUGCCUGCUAAAGGGCAUUCCCAGGUCACUUAUCAUUGUGAAUGAUGUUGUUUGUGGUGAAAAACGAAAGAUUCUAUAAACUCUAAAUAUACUUCUUCCCUGCCACUCUGUGAAAAAAAGAUCAUGGACAUAAAAAUAUUUCGGAAACUG